AUGUUUCAGAAGAACAUCAUGGCUGACCAGAACCUUCCCGAGAUGUCCGCCUCCGAUGUCAACUUCAUGUGUCACGUCUUCAUGCAUAUGACUGAAAAGCCGGUCAUUGACUGGAACAGCUUCGCGGUGGCCGCUGGCUUCAAGAGCGGGGGUGUCGCUCGUACUCGCUGGGGCCAGAUCAAGCGCAAGUUCACCCCGGCUAACCAGGCCACCUCCAAGAAGAAGGCCGCGCAGGCUUCUACCAGCACUCCGGCUUCUAGCUCCAAGGUUAAAAAGCCCACUGGACGAGUCGGCGCCAAGGGCACCAAGGGCAAGAAGAUUGUCAAGCACGAGGAGGACGAGGACGAGGAUGGUGAUGACAAGGCUAUCAUCAAGACCAAGGAAGAAGAAUUUGACAUCUAA